AUGUCUGCCGUCACAGUUACAGGUAAUAAUGGUGAUGCUUCAAGAAGUAACACCACCACCACCACAAAACGUACAGGCAAUGUUUCCUCCUUCAGCCAAUCCAAAGGUUUGACUGCCAUAGACACCUGGGGUAACGUCUUCAAAGUCCCUGAUUUUACAAUCAAGCAAAUCUUGGAUGCUAUUCCAAAGCACUGCUAUGAACGCAGGCUAACCACGUCGUUCUACUACGUGUUCAGGGACAUAUUCCUCAUUGGUUGUACCAUGUUCAUGGGGUCGUUCAUUCCCAUGAUUGAGAAUGUUUUCCUUAGAGGCGCUGCUUACGCCGCUUUGGUUUUUCUCUUAUCUGUUGAGUACACUGGUUUGUGGGUUUUGGCCCACGAGUGCGGUCAUCAAGCUUUCUCCGAUUAUGGUUGGGUCAACGACACCGUGGGAUGGAUUUUGCAUUCUUACCUGUUAGUCCCAUAUUUUUCUUGGAAAUACAGUCAUGGUAAACAUCACAAGGCUACUGGCCACUUGACUAGAGACAUGGUGUUUGUACCUGCCACAAAGGAGAAGUUCUUGGAAAAGAGAAACGCCAGCAAACUUGGCGAACUGGGAGAAGAUGCUCCCAUUUUCACAUUAUAUCAGUUGGUAGCCCAACAAUUGGGAGGCUGGAUUUUGUAUUUGUUCACCAACGUUACUGGUCAACCCUACCCCAACACCCCUAAAUGGAUGCAGAACCACUUUGUUCCCUCAUCUCCAAUUUUCGAAAAAAAGGACUACUGGUUUAUCAUUCUGAGUGACCUGGGUAUCUUGGCACAGUUGAUGGUUUUGUAUGUGUGGAGACAACAAAUGGGAAACUGGAACUUAUUUAUUUACUGGUUCCUGCCUUAUGUUCUCACCAACCAUUGGCUGGUGUUCAUCACAUUCCUGCAACACUCUGAUCCAACGAUGCCUCACUACGAGGCUGAACAAUGGACGUUUGCCAGAGGAGCUGCCGCUACCAUCGACCGUGAAUUUGGAUUCAUUGGACCUUUCUUCUUUCACGAUAUCAUCGAAACUCACGUCUUGCAUCACUAUGUGAGUAGAAUUCCUUUCUACAACGCCCGAGAGGCCAGUGAAGGUAUUAAGAAAGUUAUGGGGGAGCAUUAUCGCUACAGUGGUGAAAACAUGUGGGUCUCUCUUUGGAAGAGUGGACGUUCAUGUCAGUUUGUUGAUGGAGAAAACGGGGUGAAAAUGUACCGUAACAUCAAUAACUGGGGUAUUGGAACCGGUGAGAAAUAG